GUGAAAACAUCGAUCGACAUCUCUCCGCGUUGUACGCAUCUUCUGUUCAUCGCAAGUGAGUCUCAUACGAAAAUAAGUGUUGGAAUAUCGAGAACAGCGAUGUGCGAUCGUCAGGACGUAUCGUAAAUAUGUUAUUAGGGAGAAAUCUCAUUUCUCGGUGUAUCCAAUCGGUGCUUAUCGCGUCGCGUCGUGUCGAGUCGACGUUUGUCACUCUCAUUUCACCAUCGACUCACUCAAGUAGCAAUAGAAUCAAGCAAUCGUGGAACUUAUUAAUGGGGAAGUAAAAGCGUAGUGAUAAUUAGAUUGGAAAGAGAAAGAUAAAAUGACGCGGAAACGUAUGCGACACCAAGUCUUGGACAAUAACAUCGGCUGUCAGCAAGAGAGAAAGAGAGAGGUAUAUACCACAGCGCGUCGUUGUCGAACCGCGUUCACGUUUCAUUUCGCAUUUUCGGCGUCCGUCAUGCAUUGCGCGGAUAUUCUCGAUCUCUUUGCACAAAGCAGCCGCCGUGAACACAUCGAUCGACGUCGUUCCGCGCUUCACACAUCUUCUGUCCGUCGAAAGUGAGUCUCGCGCGGAAAUAAGUGUCGAGAGUGUCGAAAAUAGCGAUGUACGAUCGUCGGAACGUAUCGUAAGUAUACUUUUAAAUAGCCUCGGUGUACUUGUCACGACGUAAAUAGUCGGUUUCUCUUCCACUUACUCGACUCACUCAAGUAGCAAUAGAAUCGGGCGAACGCCGGAUUUAUUAAUCGGAAGUUAGGAAUAUAGUGACGAUCGGAAGGAAAGAUGAAAUGACGCGAGAAAUGUAUACGAUAUAAAAUUUCGGACAGUAGCAAGAGAGACAGGGGAUACUCCAUAGAGCGCGUCCUUAUCAGAUCGCGACAUUGUUCACGAUUUGGCGCGCACUUGCGACGUAUGUUGGCAAUUGCGCGGCCAUCUUCGAAACCGAUCUUUUUACGUUGAGCAACCGUCAUGGACACAUCGACCCAUAUUACUCCGGGCUUUACGCGUCUUUUAUCUGUCGAAAGCGAGUCUCGUGCGGAAAUAAGUAUCGGGAAUGCCGAAAACAGCGAUGUGCGAUCGUCAGGACGUCGUAAUACUAUUGUAAGUACGUUGUUAGCGGGUAAUUUGUUUCUCGGUGUGUAUAGUCGGUGCUUGUCGCGACAUGUCGAAUCGGUGUCUCUUCCACUUAUUAACAAUGACUCACUCAAGUAGCAAUAGAAUCAGGCGAUCGUGGGAUUUAUUAAUUGGGAGUUAGGAAUGUGAUGACGAUCAGAGGGAAAGAUGAAAGAUAUGUGAAGUGUGUGCAACAUCGAAUCUGGGGCGGUAGCGCAAGAGCAAGAGAGACAAGGUAUUCCAUAGGACGCGUCCUUAUCACAUCGCGACACUGUUCACGAUUUAGCAUACACUUGCGAUGUAUGUUGGCAAUUGCGAGGCUAUCUUCGAAAUCGAUCUUUUUACAUUGAGCAACCGCCAUAGACACAUCAAGCCAUAUUGCUCCGCGCUUUACGCGUCUUUUAUCUGUCGAAAAUGAGUCUCGUGCGAGAAUAUGUAUCGGGAAUGCUGAAAGCAGGGAUAUGUGAUCCUCGUAAGAUGCCGUAGCAAUAUUGUAAGUACAUUAUUAGUGAAUAAUCUCGUUGUGCGACAGUCGGUGCUUGUCGCGACGUGUCGAGUCUGUGUCUCUUCCACUUGUUAAUAUCAACUCGCUCAAAUAACAAUAGAAUUGGAUAUCACCGAAUUUAUUAAUCGGGAAUUUAAUCACAGAAUGAUGAAUAAAUAAUAUGAUAUCAGAAAUAUAUGCGACGUCGAGUCUUGAUAAAUGGCGUUUAUCUUUUAGCAAAGGAUGUACACGUUACUACCAUGAAAAUUAACAUCAUGAUAAAUAUUGUCACGUUCAGUAGUCAAGUUCGGAAAUCGGAUAAUGUUAUUCUCUCUGUUAGAUGUAAAUUACGCAGCGUCACCAAUGUUUAAACUGUUAUUUACUGAUGCACGCAUGUACUCUGCGAAAUUUUUUUUGGAAUUAAUUUAGAUGAAAGACAGAAUUUAUUUCGACCGUGCAACUCGUUUAUAUCCCAUACUACUUUCAUUGCAUUAUAUUGUGGUAACAAUUAUCCAUAAAAUAUAUUAAUCAGUUUCGUAAUAAUGAUGUGCAUUGAAAGAACGUCUGCGGAGAUAUGCGAUGAUUGUUUUUUGGAAUUGAAUAAGUAAGAAUUAUCGCGAAAUUAAACAACUAGUUUAAUUAUUCGUUAUCGUCGCUUCUAUUAAUCAUGUGCAGAAGUUUAUUACCUCGUAUCUAUUUUGUCCGGGUUCUAUCUAUUCUCGAGUAUUUCCUUUUAUUUUCAUCCAACAUCAUUCAUAAAUUGCAUUUGCAAACAUUUUUACACUUUUAUCGUCCAUAUUCGCCCAUCGCUUGCUCUGCCUUACACAGCAUACUGACUUAUUCAUGUUUUCAUUCUCGGCUUCUCACUCGCCCAGGAAUUAUUAUCUCCAAAUUAUGAAGGUACAAUUCCCUGAAUGUUAGGACGGCCGUUUUAUGCAUUUUCAUUAUAUUUAUACGCGUGAUGCAAGUAUAAUUGUACGAGCUACUUAAAAUAAAUUUUUACGUAGCAUUUAUGAGCGCGUGUUACGACACAAUUAAAUAUCUUAAAGAUUAAUUGCUCUUGUCGUGUUCCAUUAUACCGAAUAUACCAAAUGCACAUGCGAUAUAUUUGACCCGUUCGCUAAAUUAUCAUCUUCUAAAUUCUUCAAAUUAUCAUCAACGUAGAUUCAACCGUCCCUUCGUCGUCCGUUCGAUUUUUCUAAUAACGCUUUACGAGAAAUUUACAUCGGAACGACGACAUUAAAACGCUUCUUCCUGCUAAAACGACCUUUCCAAACGUCAACAAGGGCGGUGUUAUUAUCUGGGCGUAAAAGUAUAUCACAGAAGAGGGAAAUGGAAUCUCUCUGGGAUGUGUGUUCGCUACGGCUAACGCGAGUUUCCCUAUUCGAGAGCACAGUGAAGAGUCGUGAGUUUCAGCAUCUGAAAUUUUGGCGGAAAAGUGUCGCCAGUUGGCGGGCGGGUUUUCCGUGACUCGGAGAGCCCGCCCUGUUCUUUGCGUCGCGUCGCUCCGAGACCGGUCCAUCCCGGCAGCUGUUGCAUUCUGAUGCAGCGGCGCGUCGUCCUCCGCCGCCGGUACUGUCGCCUGCCAGCCGACGAGAUCGCACGUUGCGCGAGUAGUGGGUGAUCUCGGGAAUGUGGCGAUGGUGGGGGAAAGACUAGACUAGCGGCGUCGGCGGCAGCGCCAGCGGCAUGGUGGGGGAAGCUUGCGAAGAGCAGACGAGUGGGGUUCCCUCUGUCGGUAUCCCGAUUCGUUUGUACGUCUCGAACGUCCUUGCGCGAGAGGAAACUUCAACGCAUGGAAUAGCCGGUGGUGUGACGUCGCGUGUGACUGAGAUACGAGAUUCGCCGUGCUGUAGGUCAAGCGACAAAUCGGGCGCCAUUUCCAAGGAGCAGCCGAAUUACGCUUUCCCGGCUCGCCGUGCUGCGUUUUCGGGAGCAAGUCUUCGUCGCGCUUUUAACCGGGUGAGUCAACAAAGUACGUUCCGUCGUCGAGUUUUUCUCAGUGCAACACUUAUCGAAGACGAGUAAUUAAAAACGGCUCGUCGAUCGUGGAUAUCAAGUUACGUGACAGUGAACGCGUCGCCGCGAGUUUCAAGGUCCCUAAAGGUGACGAGUCGUGAGAUCGCUCGCCGGCGUCGUGACAUCGACGACGCAACCAGCUCUUUCCAACAACGGAGCCUUGCGCGAAUACACAUCGACGUAAAUCUCGCGUUAACCCUACUACGAUCGUCUUCCAUUCGGUGCUCUCGCCAGCCGUAUUUCGUCGACGAAGGAGAGCCGUUGUGAAUCGUCCUUCGCGAGAUCUGUCCUUGGCCGGAACUCUCGAGUUUCUCCAAACGGGCGGACGAGACUGGCAGGUCAUCUCCGUGGCCCGUCGUCACCUCGUAGUGUGCGCGACGACACGUCGUGCGGAAAUUGCGCCCCGUUUUCUCAUCGAUCAUCGAUCUAGCGAGUCCGCCGGCGACGACGUUACUCGCGCCAACUGAUGAUUUCUCGUGAACGUAAAGAAGCAUACUUGGCCAGGUCGCCGAUUCGCGUGUCAAUCUCGAAAAUCCGUUUCUCUUCGCGUAAAUAGACACUGCAAGACCGAAAUAAGUGAUGCGACUCUGAGUGGCUGUGUGCCGGAUUCGGUCCUGGGAGGCACAUCCGAAGGGUGCAGUACACAAAGGACUCGUCGGGAUUUAUCGAGAUACACUCGGGGCGACUGCUGUCGUGUGGCGCGCCGCUGGGAACAACCGAGUGGUCCCUCUAAAUUUUUCCCCAAAUCUUCCGCGCUGUAUCCCUCCGUCUCUUUCUUUCUCCCGCGUUCUCUCUCUGUCGCGCGCACACCGCGUGAAAUAGAACGAGAUUCGACCGGUCGUUUGCCCUCCAGCUCGUCACGGCUGCUGCUCCGCCUUCGCAUUUACCCGAGGAUCCGAUCGCGCUCGAAAACGAACGAGAGAAGCGGUAUAAAAACUGAGACAUCGACCGGACGAUCGUAUCACCGAGGACGACAAGCGCCGGUCCUCCGACUCGACGACGAUCGUCCCCGUACAUCUCGUAAUGAGCCGUGGAGCGGUACAUGUCAAGCGGCGAACGUGACCGCCGCGAAUCGCCGCCGCGUGUCCCAGGGUCGUCAGUCCCGAGGCGACGCUCGUUAAAGACCGCGGUCGAUCGCACGCGGAGGAGAAUGUCGCGCUAGAGAAGCGUAGGUCCGAUUUAUUCGAGCCGAAAUGCCUCGAUGGACGUUGUUACGUCGUCUGGAAGGCGGCCUCGCGGGAUGGUAGCUGCCAAGUAUAGCGGAUAAAGGAACGCGCGCGCGGAAUCGUCGAACGCGUGGAGCGGGGCAAGGGAGAGAGAGGAGGAAAAGGGCAACGCGAAGCGGUGAGGAAGGAAGGACGAGCGAGCGGAGACCGUUUUAAAAGAGUCGAACAAGCGCGGGGGCGUAGCCGGGCCUACGCGAGCGCAACGAGAUAGAGGAGGAAGAAAGAAAGAGAGAGCCGAGAUGACCAUGGCGAGCAACAUCGUGGUCGAGUGGCUGCGGUCGCUCCACCUCGGCCAGUACUCGGAGUCAUUCAUCGACAACGGCUACGACGACCUUGAGAUCUGCAAACAGAUCGGCGAUCCCGAUCUCGACGCGAUCGGCGUCUUCAAUCAGACGCAUCGCGCCCGCCUAUUGCAAUCGGUAAAGACUCUGCGCGAGGAGGGUGCCGCGAGUGUGUAUUUCACGCUGGAGGAGACGAACGACUGCAUCAACUGCGACAACGUCAGCUCCAAGUCGUCGAGAACGUCGUCCGAGCGGCCACCCAGCGAUAAGGAAGUGCAGCGCGCGUCGCCCACGGCCAGCUCCUCCAGCGGCGGUCAGGAGCUGACCAAGUUCGCGGACGAAUAUGAGGAGGGCAAGGCCGAGCUGGUGAGAAUUCCCAGGAUGCAGCUGAGGAUGCUGUUGCAGGAGAAGCUGCGGCACGACGGCAUCAGGCUGGCCUGUCAACCGUACACAACACCGGAGGGCGAGAGGGGCUACUUGGAGGGACUCGCUUCGAGGUAUGCAGACCUCUUCAGAACACAUUACGGAGACGUCCUGGAACCGCUCGAGGAGCUACGCCGGCGAGAAACAAAUGCUUCCUCCAGAAUGCCCAACACUCAGCUCACCACCAGUCAUUCGCAGCCCAUUUACGUGCCCGGGAAAUACUCGCCCUCGAGCUGCCUCAGCGACAAAGAGGAGGACGAAAUCUAUGGCUUCGGAUACGGGGUCUUCAGCAGACAGAUGCUCCAACAUCGACAGCAGAAGCUCGCACUCGCCACGCAAAACACGACCGCUGUGACGCCGGGUGCGCCUCAAGCAGCUUAUCAAAGUUGUCUGAGCCCGAGAUCCGCGUUCUUCUACGAGUUCCCGCCUAACGAGCAAGGACAAAAUACAAGCAAGAAAAAGACAACGUUUUCGAGGCUACUACGAGGAUUAAAGACCCACAGAAAAGAAAAACAGGGACAAACCCAAGGCUCUCCCAGACACGGUCGCGCAAGGAUGGGCGUACCACAAAGGGUGGACACACCUGACAGUGUUUUGCAAAGCGGUUUGGGUCUUGGGCCCGACAUGGGACACACGAUACUUCGUUCAAUGGUGGAUCCUCGAGAUUACGACCGGUUGCGAUACCUACAGAUGAACGGUGGCCAAGCGAACAGUUUUGAGGAAACUAUACAGAGGAUACUGAGGGAUAUCCGGCAAGGUUUAAUGCAGCUAGGACGAGACGGACGGGGUCAGCUCCCUGGGGAUGACACGUACAUGUACGACGAGGACGCGCGAUGCGGAGGUGCUGGUGGUUUAGGGCCCGGACCAGGCGGUCAACAUUGGUACGACGAACCACCCUACGAGUCGGAUCCCGAGGACUUUCUUAUGGGGGCCAGCGGUGGCCCGGUGCCUACCGCAACUAUUCAAAACGGAAGGGUAUGCUUCACGCUGAACCUAAGACCGGAGAACCGGGGCGAAGGUGUGAUCUCCCUUCGAACAGCCGGCGACAUCAGCUUGCCGCGCGAUCGUUCGAGGAAAGGUGCGACGUCGACGAUGCGAGGUCUCAUCGUACCUCAGGGUCACAAUAAUCCACCGACGAUUAUACCCCUAACACACUCGAGGGCUUCUCGUGAGAGCGGAGAUUACGCGAGUAGCGACGUGCAGAGUGUGAGCUCGAGACUGUCGACUGUGUCGGUGGACACGAGUAGGAGCGACCAGCCACCCCCGGUGGCGGGCGGUCGCCAUCCCGCCGACCGGCCGGAGCACCACCACGAGCACCGUCACAACCACCGCCACCAUCAUCACGAACAUCACCACUCGGUCUCACCCCGACCCAAUCAGCGUCACCCCGCCACCACUAGCACGACCGUUACCACCAACACCGUCGACGCAACGUCACCGCAAAGCAACGCGCAACGUCGUCCGGUUCCCAGAUAUAGCCGGAGUAGCGGCGAGGAGGGAUUGUCGCCGAGCCAGAGCAGCGACUACGAGGAUCAAGAAGAACUCGAGAACCAACACUCGGCCGCCGUGCACACAUCGGAGGCCAGCGCCCUACUGGAGGGCGACGCCAGGGCGGGCAUCGCCGGCCGAGCGAGGAAUUUGAGGCACGACGUGCAGAGAAAGAUCUCGAGGCUGCGCCAGGACCACGCGUCCUCGGAAGCUUUCCCGUGCAGCGCAAGCAGCGUCGAGAGCUUGCCGAGCGGAAGCGGCUCCAGCACGCAGGCAUUGGUCCGCGCAGGAAGCAAUCACAGCUCGAUAUCCUGCGAGGACCGGGACGCCAUCAGCCCGACGUCCAUCGGCCCUGUUCUCUGCAGGGCGAGAGCUCUGGUGGAUUACACCCCCAGUCCGUACGACAAGGACGCGUUGAAGUUCAAGAAAGGAGACAUAAUCGAUGUGGUGCAGAUGAACAAGAGCGGCCUGUGGAAGGGCGUCGUGCACAACAGGAUAGGCCACUUCAAGUUCAUAAACGUCGAGAUACUGAACGACAGGGUGCCCAGGCGAGGCGAGCCGGAGCGGGGCAAGUGGGGUCAGAGAUACAGGCAGAAGCCGGGCUCCGUUCAAGAGCUCUUGCAGAGAAUGAAUCUUCAGGAACAUAUUCCAGUUUUUGUGCUGAACGGAUACGAGGAUCUGGAGCUCUUCAGGGAGUUAGAGGCGGCGGAUCUGGACUAUUUGCGUAUACAUCAACCUGAGCAUCGUGCCAAGAUACUCACCGCCGUGCAGUUACUGCACGAUCUACAAUCGGGCAGCGAGGGUGACCUGGCCUCGAGUUCAGAGGGCGACGAGGUCAGCCGUCUGGUCUUAACCUCCGGCCAGACGUCCGGCCACUGUUCUCCCUUUAACCGACGCCAGUUCCCGCGGGACUCGGGCUGCUACGAUGCGCACAAGAAUACGACCAGUCGGCGGACCAUCAGCCCGGAAUCAACGACCACGUCGGCGAAGAUGUCGAGGGAGAACAAUCUGGACAGCGCGACGUCGGCGAGCGCGAAGAACGCCGUCGGCGGCGCGGCCGCCACGGAGGGCGCGGAUCCCAAGGACGACUUUCAUCCCAACAUACCCAUUACCGGCGCGACCGUGAGCCAGAAGGAGGGCCAAUUCGAGAAGUCGCCGUUGUUGCGCAGCGGCAACGUACGCUUCAUUGCCAAGAGGGGCAACUUCGGCGAAACCGUGGUGAUCGAGGACGCCUGCGAGGCCGGCCAAAAACUCGGCGGCAUGGUCAAGUACGUAGUGGGCGGUAGCAGCGACCUCGGCCUCGAGGCUACCGGCAACGUCGCCGGCCUGGGUCAACGCGGCUGCCUCAGCGAGAAGUCUAGCGACUCCGGCGUCAGCUCGUCCAGCAUCAGCUCGGCGCCGCCGCCGCGGGACAAGGUACUCGCUUCCGCCAGCACCGCGUCCGACUCGCCGACCAAGAGUUUCGGCAGCUUCACCAGGGCGUCGCCGACCUCCCAAAGUGGCAGCAAGGGCCAGAGCAACGACGGCAGCUACCAAUGAGAGAAACCCUGGCAGAUUGGCGGGUCGACCAGUCGCGGCGCGAUUUGCAGCGCGAGACCGAGACCAACGGAAGUGACGGAGUCGCGCGAUUAAUGCGAGAAACCGACGGAGCGGCCUUAGUUCGGGCUCGGGAGGGUCACGCGUGAUCGUCUUCGACAAAAUUUGCCAGUACUCUCUCGAGACUCUCGAGACGGAGACGCGACUCUCGAAUUCUAGGUCCUGAUGAGCGGCAAGCGGUUUCUUCCAUUCCGUUCGAGAACGAUAAGCAAUUGUCGAGAUUUCCGCUCAUAUCGCGAAACAUCGGUUGCGCUCGACCGCGCAGCGCUCGGCUCGGCGAGCAGUACGCAAAAGCAAUAUCUCAUUUCACGUUAUUGUUGUCGAAGGAGCGCUGUGGAUUUUGCUUUGUUCGGUAAUUCUCGUCACGAGCGCGAGAGAAAGACGACAACGCGCAACGACGCGAACGGAAAUUCUAAUAUCUCUUGACGCGGCCCGAUAUUAAUGUCGGGGGAACAUUUUGUUAUUCCGCAUCUCGCAUAUUUGGACGCGGCGGGAAGAACUGAGACAAGAAUCGUGCGAAACGAGCGAAAUUCCAGCAGUUGUAACGAGGGCUCCCCGGGGAGAGAGCGAGGGAAGGAGGGAAGGAGGGAGGGAGAGAGAGAGAGAGCGAGAGAGCGAGCCAAGUUUCUUCUUCGCGUUUAUAUCUCGCGUUCGGCUCGCAGCGAGAGAUGCAUUUGAUGAGUAUGGAGCGAGGUCGUGCAGAAAGUGACGUCACUGCCGGUCAUCCUCGCGAUGUUACGACCACCACCUGACCGAUCGCUCUCGAGCGACUCGACACAGUAAGGUCUCAUCGCGCGCCUACAUAGUCGUGUAAUUAAUAAUAAGCGAAUACUAUAUGUGAUACGGUAGCAAUAUACGAUCGAUUAAAACGAAUAGAGAGAAAGGGAGAAAAAACGACGACAGGAAAGACGUGACACGAAACCGUGUUAUCGCGAUUCAUUUGCGCACGAAAAGAGAACAAACGAAGGAGAAAACAGAGAGAACGGAUAAUAAAGACGCGCGCCUGUUAGUUUUGAUUUCGCGUUCGAUUUUAUCUGUCGGUUUCAUCUUUGCCAGCGACGACCCCCGCUAUUAAUCAAUCACUGCGAAGUAUCGUGUAUAGUUCGUCCGACGAGAGCGAUACAGCUCGUCAAAAGCUGCCAACGCUAUCGAGGAGUCCUCGUCCGUCCGUCCCGCGUGCGGGGCGGCGAUUCUUAUAUCCCGUGUUAUCUUCGAACUCUUCGCACGUUCGAUCGAUCUUGUCGCCAGGAGAACGUGCGCGAGAGCGAGUCGCCGGGACAGUUAUGAAUUGUCUCACGACGACACCCGGGACGAUUUUCCGCUUAGUAGCGCGAAUACGCGAAAAUCCACCCCUAUAUAUCCGGUGAUACAGACGGAUUACAUUCGGAUCACAGGAUGCCUUACGAGCGUUUUUUACUUACUUAGCUUAUUUACGCGAUUCCGAUCCGUGCAGUCACACGGGAGAACGUCGAAUCAACCGGGAGCGGAGUAUCGCCUUUUUUACUUUUUCCGCCGUUCGCAUAAUUUUCUACGUGGUUAACAGCGGGGACGCGAAAUCCCCGCGGUAGGAAACACGACGCCGAUUAAAGCAGAGGAAAAGGAGAGAAAAUAUUGAAGAAUGAAGAAGAGAAGAAACGCCACACAUCGCCACUCUCGGACUUCGCUUUUACUACUACUACUACUACUACGAUCGACAAUCCCCAUCGUCGAUGCGACUUUGUCAGUUCUUCGAUGGUAAAACCUGUACAUGUGUAUAUUGACCACGCCGCGCGGAGGAGGAACGUGUUGAAAGUUAUAGAGAUUUUGUAUGUAUAUAGAGAUUAUUAUACGCGUAGGACUUAACGAUGUUUUGUAUCGAUCUUGCCCGUUUGCCAAAACUUAAGACUAGACUAUAUAUAUAUACACACGCGAUAUAUAUAUAUAUAUAUAUAUAUAUAUAUAUAUAUAUAUAUAUACAUAUAUGAUACCGUUGGAUCUUAUGUACAUCUCUUGUAUAGUGUAAAAUCGUAGAUGAAUUUACGAGACGCGGGGGCGCAAUCAGGAAAAAGGCUGCAGGGAACAGACAAGGGCGGAAUCGAGGAAGGAGCCCGACGGAUAAUAAUAAAUCGUAAGUCAUAAGUUUUCACUGUUACAAGUCGUAGCGACAACUCCCGACGCGCGUUGUUGUUAUUAAUUGUAAGGACGAGACACGUGGAGGAGCGCACCCCACAAUCGAACGUGUGCAUCGGCGAGUAGCCAGCUGCACGGAAGCGGCUAAUGAUACCCGAGACUUUCAGCGCGAUGCCGUAUCACGGGCACGGUAAACGCACGAGUCACGUGUACACGUCGAUACAUCGAUCGUCUCAAUCGCUCAGCGAAACACCUUCUGCGAUUGGAGCGACACGAAUUACUGCGCGCGCGGCAAUUGGUUUCAAGACGAGCGAAGCGACGGUGCAGAAAUUAACGGGACUUCGGAGUGAGUUUGCCGUCCCCGAGGUACGUAGUCGCGACACAGAUCGCCCCAUCGAAAGCGUUUCACACGUACAAUACAUGUGCACCUUUUACACCGCGUCGUCAUCUACGUAAAGUAGGUAGGUAAAUCCGCGAGCGCGCGCUUCUUCUACAAAAUGUCGCCCGCCGCGCUUAUAAUCGCAUCACCGGAGAAGCGAGUCGGAGGAAGACGAAGAAGGACACUGUGAGGAGCCAGGAUCGGUCCACAAGUCGGCUACGGUUCGCUCGAGCAAGCGUAGUCGAGUGCAAGUUGCUUCCAUCGACGUCGAGAUCGAUCAUCAACGCGACGCGCUCGAUCGCGGCCCGCGGUGCGUCAUUUUUCGCACCGGGAUCGAGAGCUUCCUCGCGAUUUCCGAGAGCGAGAUUUAAUUCGCGUGCCGCCCGCGCGCGCGUACGGUCCCCGCCAGUGGACCGGUUUAUUUCUUUUCCCUUUUCUUUUUUCUUUGUUCGAUCGACGAUUCGACGGUACGAGAGAUGCCGGGGCAGGCAGUAUGCGCUAAAUAAUACGUCGGUCUCGGUGACGUCUGCUAGUUUAUCCGUUCCAUCGAGAGUAAUAAUACGUGUAGUGGACGAAUGAAGCGGCGUGGAAAGGAGAAUGCGAGAUGUCGAGAUUGGAGCUCGAGCGUGUGUGUAUGUGUGCGAGAGAACGAGAGAAAGAGCGAGUGAGCGAGAGAAAGAGAGAGAGAGAGAGAGAGAGAGAGAGAGAGAGUAACACACGAAACGAUGUUGAAAAUUAGUAAACGAGUUUAUGAGAGUAUGAAUAUAGACACGAUAGUGAUUUUAUUAGCUCGGGAAAUUACGCAGCAUUCGAUGUAAAGUAAAUUCAUUCUAAUCGUAGACCCAAGACGCAGUAAUCGCAAUAGAUAAUUUAAGCGAACCUUUGAAGAACGAAGGGAAAGAGAAUGAGUCGAGUCGUUUGACGGAAGAAGAAGGCCUAUUUGGCGUCGCGCGCGCAAAGAGAGAGAGAGAGAGAAAGAAAGAGAAUCCUUACGCGCUCUUCUCGAGACGAAACGAUCGGUAAAUAAAUUGACUCGAGUCGAUCGAGGGAGCCCACGGAAGCGCGACGGCGCUCAGGGUCGAAUCCGAGUCGAGCUAGCGAAGGAAAUUCAGCGUUUACGUGUAGCGGUCUAGUCCAUUUUUCUCGCGUGGUUAACACAAACGACAGGAUAUAUAAUGUACAUAAAGUAACGAGGAAAAGGAAAAGAAUAAAACGAAAAUGCAGAUUCUAGAGAGCACGGCGAUCGCGGGCGCGACUGGCGCGCGUCGCCGGACCUUUUUAUAAGCUGAUUUUGUAUUUAUUAGUUAAUUGCGGGGUUUAUAUAGAUGGUCAUCACAAACACACAAACACACAUACACACAUACACACACGGAUCAUCACACAUAAUUCUUAUCGUCUCUCGGUUCUCAUAUGGUUUCCAGCGAUAAGUGUUAAUUUAUUGACUGUGAAUAGAAAUAAACGGAUGGAAGAUUCAAACGA